UGGAGGUUUGCACAGAGACGCCAUGUCCUGCUCCUCGCUCUCCUCGUGCUGCGUUCAAAGCCUCCAGAUAAAGACCGAAACUGCGGCCAGACUCUGCACCUGAAGGCGUCUGAGCGCAGAGCAGAGCAGAGCGGUGUGAGGGGGAGACGACUCGUGUCGCUCGGGUCGCGUUGAGGUCUCAGAGGUCUCAGACUCUUCCUCCUCCUCUUCCUCCUCUUCCUCUGACACUGCGCGCUGCCCCGCUGCCUGCGACCGAGCGAGCGAGCGGGGCGAAACAAAGAUAAUCACUCAGGAAACGUUCGGGCCAAUCAGGCGCCGCCUUGUAUGCGGCCCGUGAGCGGCGCGACCAGUCAGGAGGCGGCUAACAAGGCGCCGGGGCCCUGAUCGCCUUCGCCUGGGAGAGAGCGGAGCCUUCCCCCGGCUGCGGGCUGAGAAGAGUGUGGUGUGUGUUGGUGUGUCCUCCAUGUUUUCUCCCUAAAGUGUUGACACAGCAGUGUGUCAGGCAGCCAUGCAUCCACAGAGCCUGGCUGAGGAGGAGGUGGUGAAGACGGAGUCUGACGCGGUCGAGGGGAUGGACGCGUCUCUGCGACCCAAAGUCCCUGAUCCACCAGGGUCAGCGGAACGACCGGCGGCCCCACCACAGAAGAGGAAGGUGUCGAGUCCCACUCACUCCUCCAACGGACACUCUCCUUCGGACACCUCCCCCAGCCCCCUGAAGAAGAAGAAGAAGCCCGGGGCCGUCCACUCCCACAGCAAAGACCAGUCAGAGCUAAGACACGGCCCCUUUUACUAUAUGAAGCAGCCAGCACUCACCACAGACCCUGUUGAUGUUGUACCGCAGGACGGCAGGAACGACUUCUACUGCUGGCUGUGCCACCGCGAGGGCCAGGUGCUCUGCUGUGAGCUCUGCCCCAGGGUGUACCACGCCAAGUGCCUCAAACUGCCAGCCGAGCCCGAGGGCGACUGGUUCUGUCCAGAGUGUGAGAAAAUAACAGUUGCCGAAUGCAUCGAAACGCAGAGCAAGGCAAUGACGAUGCUGACGAUAGACCAACUGUCCUACCUGCUCAAAUUUGCACUACAGAAGAUUAAACAGCCCGGGACGGAGCCUUUUCAGAAGCCCGUGUCUCUGGAACAGCACCCGGACUACGCCGAGUACAUCUUCCACCCCAUGGACCUGAGUACUUUAGAGAAGAAUAUAAAAAAGAAAAUGUACGGCUGCACCGAAGCCUUUCUCGCCGACAUGAAAUGGAUCUUGCACAACUGCAUCAUCUACAAUGGAGCAUCUGCCUUUUUUCAAGGUAACCACAAACUAACGGCAACGGCGAAAGUCAUCGUCAAGAUCUGUGAACACGAGAUGAAUGAGAUCGAGGUGUGUCCAGAGUGCUACCUGUCCGCCUGCCAAAAAAGGGACAACUGGUUUUGUGAGCCAUGUAGUCAACCCCACCCGCUGGUCUGGGCCAAGCUGAAGGGUUUUCCCUUCUGGCCGGCGAAAGCACUUCGGGAAAAGGACGGGCAGGUAGACGCUCGCUUCUUUGGGCAACACGACCGGGCGUGGGUCCCCAUCAACAACUGCUACCUCAUGUCUAAAGAGAUUCCCUUCUCCGUGAAGAAGACAAAGAGCAUCUUCAACAGUGCCAUGCAGGAGAUGGAGGUCUACGUGGAGAACAUCCGCAAGAAGUUCGGGGUCUUCAACUAUGCUCCCUUUCGCACUCCGUUCACACCCAACAACCAGCUCCAGAUGCUGCUGGACCCGUCCAACCCCGGGGCCGGCACUGUGAAGACGGAGAAGACGGAUAAACUGCGCCUAAACUUUGACAUAACCGCGUCUCCAAAGAUGGUCCUCGGCAAGAGUUCCACGCCCGGCGGCAUGAGUCGGAGGGUCUCCCUGACGGACAUGCCCCGCUCCCCCAUGAGCACCAACUCCUCGGUUCACACGGGCUCUGACGGGGAGCAGGACAUGGAGAAGGCCGGCAGGAAUCCUGCGUUCCACUACAGCACUGGAGAGGAAUCCAUGGACUGUUCUGCGUCUCCGGUCUCAGGGAAGACGGGUCCUGCAGGCAGUGUGACGGGCAGCCCCAGGCCCUUUAACCCCGGACUGGUGCCCAAACAGGAGAGGACCAGUGGCACAGGAGGAAUCCUCAACCUCAACCUGGAUCGAGUGAAGGCCGAGAUGGAUCUAAAGGAGUUGAGCGAGACGGUGCAGCAGCAGCAACAUCAGCAGCAACAAGGCUCGGCUGCCGUCUCGACCCCAAGGAGACACAUCCGGAGCCUGGACAAGACCAUCGAGAGCUGCAAGGCUCAGCUCGGGAUCGAUGACAUUUCUGAAGACGUGUAUAAAGGUGUCGACCACAGUGACUCUGAGGACUCGGAGAAGUCCGACUCGAGUGACAGCGAGUACCUGAGCGACGAGGAACACAAGCCAAAGAGCUCCGCCAACGACGACAAAGACAAGGCGGAGAGAAAAAGGCCGAAAUCCACGGACAGAGAGAACAAGGAGGGAGUGACGGCAACGGGGGAUAAAGCCUCCGCUGAACCCCUACUCAAUGACAAACAGGGCUCCAACGGCGCGGACAGGGACGUCCAGGACAAGCCCCGGGCGCCGCAGCCUCAGCCCGUCGCCGAGAAGCCCAAAGCCCCGGAGGAGGGCAGAGCGGCCGCGGCUCCGCCGCUGGCUGAGCAAGACUCCGACUCUGAACGAGAGCUGGUGAUCGACCUGGGGGACGAACACGGAGGUCGGGACUCAAAGAGGGCAAGAAGAGAGCCGGGGGCCGCUGCCACCGCCAGAACUCUCAAAGAGUCGAAUGUUGCCAAGUUGGAAGGUAAACUGCCACCAUCUGCCACAGCAGCGACACCAUCGGCUGCCCCCAACCUGAAGGAGCAACCCGCCAUCGCUGCCGCCCUCAACCUCGUCUCUACCGCGACCUCCGGUCAGUCCGGCGGCGCCGCCACCACCACCACGACGACCGGUGGACCGACCGGCGCCGCCUCUCCUGCCUCCACCUCCCCCGUCUCCGCAGCAUCCCCAGUACCCGCCGCAGCCGUGAAGAAACAGCGCCCCCUGCUGCCCAAAGAGACGGCCCAGGCCGUGCAGCGGGCAGUGGUUUGGAAUCCCACCAAAUUUCCCGCGUCCUCGCAGAAGUGGCAUGUGGAGAAGGUGCAAAAGCAGCAGCAGCUAGGAGAGCAGGCAGCAGCUCCAACACGCAGCCCACAGCAGAACUCCUCCUCCUCCUCCUCCUCCUCCAGUACCCGCUACCAGACCAGACAAUCAGCCAAGGUGCAACACAAAGACCCGGCUCAGACGACAUCUUCGUCCUCAGCCACCCAGGGCUUGUCUGGGAGCUCGUCUUCUCUUGUGUCCGGAGACUUGCAGAUCCCCACAGGCUCGGCCGACGUGGCUGCAGACAUCGCGAAGUACACAAACAAAAUCAUGGAUUCGAUAAAAGGGACAAUGACUGAAAUCUACAACGAUCUUUCCAAAAGCACGUCAGGAAACACGAUAGCAGAGAUUCGACGGUUAAGGAUAGAGAUCGAAAAGCUCCAGUGGCUGCAUCAGCAAGAGUUGUCGGAGAUGAAACACAAUCUAGAACUGACGAUGGCCGAGAUGAGGCAGAGUCUGGAGCAGGAGCGCGAGCGGCUGGUGGCGGAGGUGAAGAAGCAGACGGAGCUGGAGAAGCAGCAGGCGGUGGACGAGACCAAGAAGAAACAGUGGUGCGCCAACUGCCGGAAGGAGGCCAUUUUCUACUGCUGCUGGAACACCAGCUACUGCGACUACCCCUGUCAGCAGGCGCACUGGCCCGAGCACAUGAAGUCCUGCACGCAGUCAGAGAAGAAUCACACUCAAUCCACAGCUUCGCAGCAGGAGCCAGAGACGGAGGCCAACUCGGAGCCUUCCAUCAAACCGUCGGGCCUCUCCCCGGCCACACAGACCCUGCCCUCGGCCGCGGGAUCCGUAUCGGACAAAAGCAACUCUCCGUCAUUAGUGGACAAGAGUAAAGACAGUGCUGCUGCCGUGACCGUGACUUGACCGCUACACUGCAGAAAAACUUGGACAGGCUUUUGCGAGGGCCGCUGUCGGGCCGCUGUCGGGCCGCUUGUGGCGUCAUACUCGGUGCUGGAGAGGGCCUGCAUCUCUGACAAAAAAAAUUAACUUUUGAUUUUUCCAUUCCCCCUGUGUGUACAUCUGCCUGGUUGACAUUUAUCUUCGGUUUAUCGAUCAUUCACAGUUGCCACAGAUCUGUGUUCAAAUGAAAGUAGAAAUAUAAAAUGUGAGUCUGUUUGUUUUCUUACUGUAGUUCUGUGUUUAAAAAAAAAAAAACCCUCUUCUGUUAUCACUUAAUUUUCCAGUCUGAGCGAGAUCACCCCACAGAAUAAUUCCACUCACACGUUCACUGUCAAUGCUGCUUUAACUUUCAUUUUCUCCAUAUUAUACGACAGAAAACUUAAAAAUAGCCAUCAGCAGUUUGUACUUAUCAUGGUGCCAUCAGAGGUAUUUUGAGAAAAGCAAGUUUCAUCGUUACUUUUGAAAAAAACAAACGUGUCCUCUUCAUGUCAGCUGUGACAUUUAUAGUUCAUAACAGUUUUGUAUUGUUGCCCCCCACCUACAUUGUAUAGGCCUCCAUAGAAAUAUCUGUGAUUUAUUAAAAAGAAAAAUACCUUAAAAAUUUACAACUGUACAGAGGUUUUGUAAGAAGAUAACUGAACAAUAUUUAUAGUGUUAUAUGUUUUUAUAGUAUGUUUAAAGAAAUCACAUUUCUAUGUCUCAAAAAAAGAAAAAAAAAGUUCUUUGAGAAAUUACUUCUUCGUAUGAAUGUCAGCACUGAGCAAAGUCUACAUGCGACCGGCGCCAAUGAUCCAAAGCUGAUUUGUAAAUCCUGGUCAGACAGUCGACAAACUGGGUGAGGUAUGAAUAAGAGAAAGAAAAAAAAAUCCUUUUUGGCUGGAUUCUAUAUCCCGUGAGCAUGUUUGUUUUUUCAGCUUGUGUCUCGUUCUUGUUUACAUAUUGUACAUAACAAUAUAUGGACUUGUGAAGCAAAAAAAUAAAAAUGCUCUGAUCA